AGUAGCGUUGAAGGAGGAGGUAUAUAACCUAUCUCACAUCACCUCACCGAGCGAAUCCCAUCUUGCGUAUACAACCAAAUCACAAUAAUUUCUACAUCCUCACCGGACCUCACGCAUUACAAACUACAACAUCUACAUAACAAUCCACCAAAAUGCGUUUCUCCACCCUCACAACAACCCUCACGUCGCUGUCCCUCGCCUCCGGCCGCCUCAUCGGCAUCGCCGCGCCAUCCACCCUCGCCCCAAACAGCACCUUCACGCUCACCCUCCUCUCAGAAGGCUAUAUCCAAUCCGUCGCCGACGUAGCCGUCGCAUGGGGUUUCUCGCUCGCUCCCGGCUUCCCCGGCACCCUUGGUUCCUUCACGCAAUCCGCGUACCUCGGUCCUGAGAAGAGUAACCAGGGGCAGGAAAACGUUACUAUUACCGCGACGGUACCGGCGGGGCUGGCGAUGGAUGCGUACCAGGGCAAGGAUAUUUUGUUGAACGCGGGGAUCUAUUCGUUGUAUGGGGCUAGUGGGGGUGCGACGGUUACGGGGUUUAACGUUACGGUUCGGGUUGGCGAGAGUACGGGCGGAGAGGUUGUGGAAAGUGAGGGUCAGGCCUGGAUUCAGAAUACUGUGCAGUAGGGUGUCUGGAGAAAGUAAAGAGAGAUGGGAGGUCGAGCAUGUUCAUCUGGCAUGUCAGGCGACUGAUAAGCCAAUGAUUUUAAUCACACUAGUUUCCAAUGGCCUCAGCAUAACGCGCAUCUUGCAUCUCAUGGCAUUCAAACAGAUGUUUGCAAAGAAUCGAAAUUCUAUUGAUAGUUAUGGACCGAAGCUACUGUGACCUAUUCGCUAAGCGUCUAGGUCAUAUCUAGCGACAAGGAUCAGUCCAUCGACUUGGAGCGAGGGUUUUCCAAGCUCAGCGCAACUCGGUGUGUUCCUUCUGGUUCUCGAACUCUGC